AUGGAAAUCUUCACCCGUCGCGGCUUCACCCUCUACGGCUUCUCCGUGGAGGACGACACCUGCGGGUUCAACUCAUCCUCCCAGAACAAACCAUUCCUCUGCUUCCGCUACCGCUCCCAAUCCACACUCACCCCACCAUGGAUUCGCAAAUACAAACCGAGCAAAAUGGCUUUUUUCGCUGCCGCUACCCACAACUUCGACCCCAAGCGGAAAAUCAGGGACGACGGGUUUGGGUCCGUCUACCUUGCACAGCUCCGUGACAAUCGCCUUGCGGUGGUGAAGUACCUCCACCGCAACCACUCCUCCGUCGUGUUCUCUACCAAGUCCUUCUGUAACGAGAUCCUCAUCCUCUCCUCGAUCCACCACGCGAACCUGGUGAAGCUCCACGGUUACUGCAGUGACUUGAGGGGAAGGAGAGGAAGAAGACCCACCGCUGAGAAGAAGACAAAUUUAAAGAAGACACUAUCUAGGCCAUAA